AUGAAACCCUUGGUUAGCGACAACGUCAUCAUGACCGCCAACAGGCCCAUCUGGAAGAAGCUGCACAGUGCCAUCGCGUCAGCCUUUCUUGCGUCCCACAUCCGGACCCAGGCAGGCCUUACGGCUGACGAGACAAUGCUCUUCCGCAAAAGGCUGCAACAGCUGUCGAAGGGCAGCGAAGUGUUCAGCAUCGAGGAUGAGGCGGCGAAGCUCGUGUUCGACAUCGUCAGGCACAUCGUCUUCAACUUUCCCCCGAACGCCCAGACAGAGGGCUGCUCGUAUCUCGAAGGCUUGAAGGAGACGAUCGAGCUAUUCAACGCGCAGCUGUCAAAGAACCCGCUUAUCAAACUUAAGGCUACGACAAGGACGGAGUGGGUCGGCAAGCGGGUUGACAUCUCCAUCGCCGCCAAGACCUGCGAGCGCUUUGCUGCACUUAGGAGCGAAAUCAUAGUGCGGUCGCGUAAAGAUCCACUAAGCAUCCUAGACUUAUUGCUACGCGAGACAGUGCUGCAGGCCGGGACCGAAAAGGGGGAGAAAGCUGUCGAACUUCCUGCGGGGGGGUUGAAGUUACUUCUCACCAAGGACUUCUUCUCGUUCAUCUACAUGCUCUUGGAGAAGCACCUAGAAAUCGGUCAGAAGCUGCGCAAAGAACACAAUGCCAUCUUUGGCCGCAGCCUUGCGUCUGGCCUAGAGGUUCUUACAGAGUCUCCGAUUAAAUUGAACGAUAUGGAAUACACGACAGCCGUGAUCAAAGAAUCACUCCGACUCUUCCCAGUUGGCUUCGGUGUCAAGGAAGCCCCAGCAGGGUAA